GGAAGGAUUAAGCCAAGCUUUGGGAACUGUAACUGAUUCAGACUGGCAAAGCUGCAAUCAUGCUGGAGCUACAGCAUCCUCCUUUUCUCAUCUUCGUUCCAGUUCUCACUUUGGUUGAAUUCUACUCGUCGGGUGCAGAUUAUUAAGUUCUUGCAGAAGGUGUUCGACAGAGAGAGAGAGCUAAAAAUGAUAAACCCAACCAAAGAGCCAGAACCAGAGUCUUUACAGACAGGUGUUUUAGAGUUACCAGGGGAACCUGCUAUUGUUAUUAACGGAGUGCCAGACAUCAAUAAGAGUGACGGCUCUCUUGUUGUCUCAAGCACUGCAAAUGAUACGGAAUCACAAAGAAACACAAGUCCUGAUACAGAGAUUCUUGGAAAUGCUAGUUUCGGAGAAUGGUUGGAAGGACGAGAAGUUCAAAAGUGGUUUGGGGAGAAGAUGUAUACUGGAACUGUGACGGAGUUUGACAAGGAAACUGGGUGGUACAGAGUGGUGUAUGAAGAUGGCGAUUUCGAGGACCUCGAGUGGCAGGAAUUGGAAGGUUUUCUGGUGCCUUUGGAUAUUACUAUUCCCCUAAAAUCGUUGGCACUGAAGAUCAUAAAGAAGAGUCAAAAAAGCACCGAGAAGUCUGGGAAAAGCGAGAUUCGCCCCAAAACUGGCAAAGCCAAAAGCCUAGCAAAUAAGGGGCCUGAAAAUGGAGGGACAUAGAUCAGUAGCAGAAAGAGGCUUGUUGAAUAUGUAAACCCAUAUAGUAUUAUUAAGUGGUCACGUUUUAUCAUGUUUUGCAGCAGUUGUUAAAGGCUAAAGCAAUGUCAAGAACAGACUAUUCUGAUC